UCCUCUCUAAUUGGCUGGCUGAGAGCUUCUUUGGGGUUUGGCCACCCGAAGGGCGCCACAGCGGCCGCUGAAGCCGCUGUCCCGUGGUUUGGCCUCGCUGUUACCGCUGCGAGCCUCUAUGGUGUCGGCGAAGACAUGUGGCGCCUCACGGGACUCCUAAGCCGAACUCUUCCCCGUCUGUUAGGACCUGACCUCCGGGGGGUGACCCCCAAGUCUACCAGCCCAGAUGGGUCUCAGGCUACCUCCUCAACCCUGCUGGUCUCUGUGCCAAGCUUUGACAGGUCAGGCCCCCAUGGUCCGGGUCCCGGGACAAGCAGGGGCCCAAGGUCUCAUGGAUGGAAAGAUGCCUUCCAGUGGAUAUCUGGCCGUGUCUCCCCGAACACUUUGUGGGAUGCCAUAUCGUGGGGCACUCUGGCGGUGCUGGCCCUGCAGCUGGCGAGGCAGAUCCACUUCCAGGCAUCCCUGCCAACAGGACCUCAGCGAGCAGAGCGCAGCUCUUGGCGCAGUCCCCUGGACUGUUUCCUCUCAUCUCCCUUCUGGCAUCCAUGCUCCUCGCUGCGGAGGCACAUUCUCCCCACUGACGGCCCAGCCCCCAGGCACCCUGGCCUCAGAGAACCCAGGCUGAGCCGGGAAGAACCCUCCACUCAGCCCGAGAGCCUCUCCUCACACGGCUCCUUGAGAACAGCGGGUCUUCAGGAUCCCUUUGAGGAAGUAGAUGCCAGUGCUCUCGGCUUCCUGCAUGCCAGCAGUAACUUCAACUCCAAGGCCAAACCAGCCCAGACUCAGCCCACUGGUGAAAAGCAGGAACAAGAUCAAUCAAAAACCCUUUCCCUGGAGGAGGCUGUGAAUGCUCUUCAGCAGCUCUUCCAGCUCAGCGUUUCCAUCGCUUUCAACUUCCUGGGGACAGAGAACACAAGGAAUGGGGACUACACGGCGGCCUUUUCCUACUUCAAGAAAGCAGCAGCUCGUGGCUACAGCAAAGCACAGUACAACGAGGGCUUGUGUCACGAGUACGGCAGAGGCACCGCCAGGGACCUCGGCAAGGCAGUCCUUUGCUACCAGCUGGCUGCCAGCCAGGGCCACAGCCUGGCUCAGUACCGCUACGCCAGGUGCCUGCUACAAGGCCCAGCCUCCUCAUGGGACCCUGAGCAGCGGAGGGCAGUGUCCAUGUUGAAGCAGGCUGCAGACUCAGGCUUGAGAGAGGCCCAGGCUUUCCUCGGGGUGCUUUUCACCAAGGAGCCGUACCUGGAUGAGCAGAGAGCUGUGAAAUAUCUUUGGCUUGCAGCCAACAAUGGGGACUCACAGAGCAGGUACCACCUGGGAAUCUGCCACGAGAGGGGCCUUGGUGUGCAGAGGAAUCUGGGAGAGGCUGUGAGGUGUUACCAGCAGUCAGCGGCUCUGGGGAAUGAGCCCGCCCAGGAGAGGCUGCGGACCCUCUUUUCUUCCAUGGAGGCAGCAGCUCCUGGGCUCCGGGACCUGGCCGGCACAGGACUGAAGUCCUUCUCCAGCCCUUCCCUCUGCAACCUGAACCCCCUGUUGGCAGGAGCCUCCUGCCUCCCACAUGCCUGGAGCACAGGGAACCUUGGCCUCCUCUGCAGAAGUGGCCAUCUCGGAGCCAGCCCUGGAGCCCCCAGCAGGGCUGUCCCCUCAUAUUCCUGGCCUUUGGAAAGGAGUGUUGUCAGACUGGGCUUUGGCUAAGACCUUCUCACUUCAGCCCCUAAAGAUGGAGCCUGUGGGUUCUCAGAGAGAUACCAAACUUGAGUCUCCAAGAAGAGGCCAGUUACCCACCCACCUUCCCAAAGAAGCUUAAAUGCCCACCCCAGCACGGUACAGAAGAGGAAAGUGUGUGAAGACCCAGGUUCUGGCCAUGUCCCUUUGCGUGGCCAUGUCACCUUCGAGCAGUGAGUAGCCUGACUCACUGCAGAGUUUUCCGCAGCUGCAGACCCAGGGCAGUGGUGUCCGCCCUCCUCCCCUGCAGGGCUGACUGGGGCCACUUCACCGUGGAAAAGACCACGGUGCUCAUGGAGGCCUGAGGAGGCAGGGUGAUGCUCGUGUUUGCGAGGCUUCGUGAGUCACCAGGCCUGGAGAGGACCCAGGCCUCCUGAGUCCUGGCCCAGGGCUCCUUUGCACCGUUCACGCUGUAAUGUUACACGAAAGCAUUUUCACCGUCCUGCCGACGUGAGGGAGUGAAUGGAGACUGGGCACCCGGACUCCUGGAGCAGGACAGUGUGGACUGUGAGCCCUUCUGUUGGGAAGGGUGUGCCAGAAAUGCAUGGGAGUUUAAUAAAACCGAUAAGGGAUUAUCUCAUCACUCUGCCCUUGAGCGUGUGGGGGGAGAGCCAGGGAGACGGGCAGGGGGAGCUGAAAGCCGAGGCUCCAUUCUCGUCUCUAAACUUUCCAUUAACCAAUUUAAAGGGUCUUAAAAGCUUCUCCGAGAGAGACUUAGAAAAAAUGAUUUCUGAGUCAACGCUAAUGACUCCAAUUACUGAAUUUGUGAAUAGCUGUGCCCUGGCUUUUGGAUGUUAGCCCAAGUUCAAUAGCAUAGAUGUGUUUGAGAGUGAGGUGUGGGAGGGACUGAGGAGCAAAAACCCUUAGUGAUUGUUCAAACGGGAAAGACCCAUUUCAAAGAUGGGAAGAGUUGGGGGGAGUGUGUCCACAUUCCCUUCUCUGCUUCUCACCCCUUUCCCCAACCUCUGGUGGCCCUGGCACACUUUCCUGCCACCACUGGAGCCCUAAGCCUCCCCUGCCCCCUGCUGCCUUUCCAGGGCUGCCCUGCACACCAGCCUCCCCCUCCCUGUCCCCUCACAGGGACCUUGUCUUCGUAUUGCAGUGUCCUCAGCACUUAGCACCCGGCCCUGCUCAGGUGGGAGCUCAGUGUGCACAUGGGGUAAAGCUCAGUUUUAAGCUAUGCAAUGCACUAAUCUCUCUGCAAAAAAAAAAAAAAAAUUUCUGUGGUCAAAUAAGUUUGGGAAGCACUGCUGCACUAGACAUCCCCUUUUUAUAGAUUCACAAUGCACAUCAGCAUAUUCGAGGUUCCAAGAAGUCCAGCAGAAAAGAACUUGGUUAACCCAGUGCUUCCCUUGUGGGGUUGAGCACAGAGCCAGCUCCCUGCAAGAGCCCCACUUGCCAGCCUCUUCCCCUCUGGGGGUCAUUUUGGGUUCUCUGAUUACUGCUUUCUCCUGACCAUUCCUGGGGCCAAGGGGCAGUUCAGACUGUCCAGGGACACUGGGUGUCCUGCGGCGAUGGCCAGGUACGGCUCUCCCUCCCCCUCAAUCGUUACAGAUUAAGUACUGCUUCAGUUUGCGGUGCCAGACCUGGAGGUGGGAUAUUUUUAAGCUCUCCUCUCGGAGAGGGAAGGGUGGGAGAGUCCCGAGAGAGAUGCUGUCAAGGGACCAAAAACCCUCGGCUGUUGUGUCACCACGGUUUCUACGCAGCCCCAGGGGAUGGGCUGCAUCGGAAGACCAAGAACUGCUGUGCUUUUGCCAUUAAAAUUCCAUUAUGAAUGACUCAUUGUCAGUGCCCUGAAAGGAUGUAGGGGGAGGGCCGGGAGAUGGCCCCUGGCAGCAGGGCCAGCCUGGGUGAGCAUACUGGGUGACCUGAGGUUUGGGGCCUGGUGCCCUUAGCAGUGGGACCUUUGUGUGAGGCUCUGCUGCCUCAGUUUCCUCAUCCAAGAUGCUGCUUCCAGGGAGCCCCGAUGCUACAGCAGGAGCAAGGCUGUUUGGUUCAUUGUAUCUUCAGUGCCAAUACAGUGUUCAGUACGUAUUUAUUCAAUGAAUGAGCGAUUCUGCGCACUGCCCCUGCUCCAUCCAACACCAAGCCUACCCUGCACCUAGUAGGUGCAUUAAAUAUUCAUUAAAGAAUUGAUGCUAUAUACCCCC